CCGCCCCACAGCUGUUUCUCUUCUCUUCUCCGUCUCACGUCCCAGCAUCUCCGCCUCAAGAGGGCGGCGCCGGCCGCAGAUGGCGUAAGCACGUCGGAUCCGAUCAUCGCCUCGCCGCGUCGGCUUUGAUCUCUUGGGUCUGGAUUGCUCGACGAAGAGAAAUCCUUUGCGGAUUUUGAAGUGUUCUUACGGAAUGAUACUUGAUUUUGAUGGAAUUGAACUAUUUUGAGCCACUGUAGCGUAUCUCAAUGAGCUCGUGAACGAUUUUGCUGGGUAUUGUUUGGGAUUUGGGAAGAUUUUAGCUCCGUGCAUUCUUUUCAAAAGAAAACGCUGAAGAAAACGCUGAUUUUGUUACUAAAUUGUUGCUUCGAUUUGUUUAUGGUAAAACUUUGAAAUUUUUUGGGACCGAUCGAAUGGGAAUGUGGCUGUCUGAUUCUUUCUAACCUUUUUGUGGAUGAUUUUAUGCCAUGAAGUGAAUUUCUACCACCGACAACAAGGGUUUCUCCCCCGAGAAAAUGGCUGUGGCUUUUACUCGUUUUUCUUGCUGGAUUUGGGGCGGAAAGGAUCGGCAAUCCUCCAAGUCAUCCCUGAGCUCGUCUUCCGAGCUCCCUCCAGGCUUUAUGGAGCCGGACUACUUGAAGUUUCCUCCGGCGAAUGGGCCUAAGAUAAGGUCGAAUUCAAGAAACAUCAAGAAGAAGCGGCAGAGCCGAGAAGAGCGGCGGAUGGACAAAGAGUAUGACAUUGUCCUUGUGCCCUCGGAUGGUGUAUGCAUGUCGGAGUCUGAAUCCGAUGAGUCGGAUUGGUCGAUCGGCUGGUCGGAACCUCACGCCCCUGACUUCCAAAGCGACAGUGAGACCGAGAGCAGCUUUGCUGUCUUGGUACGGUGCUACGGCCGUGGUCGUUCUGAGCAGGCACACAGCUCCAAAACUCACGUAUUGGGAGCACUUGAAUACAUGGGCGAUGCUUCCUCUGAUGGAAAGAAGUACAUUGAAGAAUGGCUUUCCUCCCUCAACUGAACAAAGCUAGCCGUCUUUUGUGAUACUAUUUACAACCCUUUGAGCGUUUGAUAGCCAUAUCAGGAAUUGCUUUUAUCGACCAUUGCAAUGAUGUUGGUGUGUAAGUAAAAUGAAGUGUAAUCAUGGAGCCUUACUUUUCCAAUUUCGUUGUAAAUAUAAUGAACAGCAUUAUCUUAUUUAAUCUUAUUGCUAAUACCUGGAGACUACUGAAUUCGCCAACCUGUUCUAUUUUACGAGUUGGCACUUGCUUUGGUUAUGUAAUUUAAAAUUCCCUGAUUAUUCAUUCAUUUAUUUAUUUGUAAUAA